AUGAUAUCGGUGCUUUUACUCGUCUUUGGCCUGCAACUGGCGAUCCACCUCUUGAACACCAUCGGCGCGCAAGCGAUCAACGAGCUCCUGUGGUAUCUCUUCACAAGACUUCCCACCUCGCAGUCUAGCGAUGCAAAAGAGAAUGCGAAGCUACGAAGUGAUGUUGUGCGCCUUAACCGGGAGAUGAGAAACACUUCCGCGCAAGACGACUUUGCGAAAUGGGCGCGGCUGCGAAGGGAUCACGACAAGGCGAAGGACAAGUACGACAAACAGGCACAAUCGCUCGAGUCCUUCCGCAACAACUUCAACCGUGCCGUCUCCUCGCUCCGCUGGCUUAGCACGCAGGGCUUGCAGUUCUUCUGCAACUUCUACUACUCAAAGUCGGCUAUGUAUUGGCUACCUCACGGUUGGUUCCCGUACCAAGUGGAGUGGAUUCUCAGCUUUCCGAGCGCACCUUUAGGCAGCAUCAGCAUUAAUGUCUGGGCGAUUGCAUGUGCGAGCAUCAUCGGCAUGGUGAGCGAAGGUGUUCGCGCAAGCUUGACGCUGAGGCAGGGCAAAGUUAUCGAGGGUAGCAACAAGGGCGCCAAGAUACGUAUGGACCCUAUCAGUGGUGCGAAGGAGAAGAAGGAGCUGUAG